CCAGCUAAAUUUACUUACUGUUAUGUCCUGAAAGCAAAAAGCCUGACGACGAGAACGAAAACUUCUGGAAACCAAGCUGCUGAGCAAAUUUUGGGAUUCUAUUCAGAAAAUUUUGUCUCAACAUUGUCUAUUCAUACAAUUGCCUGUGAAAUGAAAUAGAGCUUCUCAAAACACAGUAAACAAUGGAAAACGUGUAUCUCACUUUCAAAUAAUAUGAAUCUGUAGCCCAAUGAAUGUUACAGAUGUUAAAUUUUCACUUUCCACAGUUACUCUGUACUAGCACUGUUUCGACGAAGAUUCUUUAGAGAGCGAGUGAAUCUAGUAAAAAAGGACAGAAAACUUAAUACUUCUCAUCUUCCGGGAACAAAUAUGAUAACACCUACAUUUACAAUACGACAAGAUAAUAAUUUCAUCUUCUUAGAUGUUAAAGCUCCUUUUAUCAAAGCUGCAAACGUGGAAAUUGUCGCUGAUGGAAAUCUUGUAUCUUUCUGUAUAAAUCCUUACUUUUUAAAACUUGAAUUGCCUGGACGUGUUAUAGAUGAUGAAAACGCGAAGGCUUCCUACGACGUAAGUGAAGGCGUUGUUCAUGUGCAAUUUCCUAAAGAGACACCGGGAGAGGACUUCCCCAAUCUCGAUAUGCUCUCAACUAUGAUGGUAAAGAAAGAGUCAAACAUAUUGAAAAAGCCUCUCAUUCAAGAAAUGGAUGCUCCUUCAGACCCCUCUUGCCCUCCUGGUCCUGUUCCAGAACCACAGAUUGAUUGGCAAAAAGUUCACUUUGAUGAUCCAGAUUUUGACUGGGGAUUACUACAGAGAAUUGAAGAUCAAAAGAUGAAUUACACCUCUACAACACAUUAUGGUUUCAACGAUCAGUACUCUGGUUUCCUCAAGUAUAAUGCUCUCGUCGGAAAUGAAGUCAAUGACCUUGAGGAUCCUGAGCGUACAUCAGUUGAGGAAAGAAAGGAGCUUCGGAUAAAACUUGAGGACGAAAAGUUUGAUCCCGACUAUUACUUGGCAGACUUUUUUGACAGUGAACAGAUCGAUGAAGUGAUCAAAUUUGUUCCAGAGUAUCGCAAAACAUAUCAACAGUUUUCUGCAGGAGAAACAGUGCCAUUCGAGUUCACAGAAGAAGAACGACGCGUUCUAAUGCAACUUCCUCGUCGGGAGUAUCUUAUAUCUAAUCCAAAGAAAAUAUACCUGAACCUUAUUGAACUAAUCUUUGCUUAUGCUUAUGAUCACCGUACAACAUACGGCGAACCUACCACAGAGUCCGCGUGGACUACUGGCAAGUUGGCCGUUAAUAUUUCCUCACUCGACAACGAUUUCAACAACGUUAAGCAAGUGGCUAUUGCAUGUGCUCGUCGUUCCCUGACGUUCCCACUGUACCGCAACUGGUCCUUGUUUCAAACGUGUUGGGAGGACACAUUCGAGAUUCUGCGUCUGGGACGCCGUUACAUACUGAGAACGCUACUCGCUAUACGGAACUUGUUUGAACAUCAUGAUGUGUAUCAUAUAUACAACCGCUUAUUGAUUGAUGACUAUGCUUACUGGUGUCAGACCGCAAAUGACAAUGUCCUACUCGCAUUAGCCCAACAGGUUAAAGAAUGCCAUAUCACAAAGAGUGAAACAGGAUGGGAGUUGGAUGAGAUUGAACGAAGUGCCGUCGAAGUCGAACAUGAAGGUCAAGGUCAAUCCGAUUAGAAAAGGAAUGUGAAUUAAAUUGUAAAAAAAACACCGACUUCACGGGAUAUCGCGAACAGCAACAUUGCGCGUUCUAAAAUCAUAAUAGAGUUUCAUCAAGUGACAAGCACCCAAAUAAGGAAAAAUAAGAUGCAAAUGCCAAAAAUUUUGAGCAUUAGACGCCGAUUUGAUGUAACUCGGGCAUAAAAUUUCAUAAUUUCCCUUUGUGCCCCGCCAAUAUUGCCAACAAUGUCUUCUGUGUUGGCGUCAAUACGCUGAACACUCUCACGCUGCUCGGAAACCAUUUGAGCAAGCUGUGAGAAGAUACCACCGAGCUCUGUAAUUGUGCUUUCGAUACUCUCUAUGGAUGACAACCGCUGCUGAGAGUACGCAUCGACUUGGUUUUCUAAAAGUGCGACUUGUUCAUACCGAGUGUUCGCACUGUCGCCGAUAUUAAGAGACAAAUAGUCUCCAUGCGAGCCAUUGUUCAUGGCGGCCGACGCGCCGUUAGCGUUAUAAGCAUUCAUGAAGUUACCAGUGUUAGCAUCCGAAUUUGCCGUCACUGAGCUUGAAGCCACAAACUUCUCAGUCCGGGACUGCGAGGCCUUCAUGUUUUGAGAGCGUACUUCUAAGAUAUCACGGAAAUUCAUACUAGUGUCCGCAAGAGAGUUCUGAAGUGACACUACAACACUCUCAUUGUGUUGGUCAAUUUGAGCCGCUUGAUUUCUUCCAUCUUUUGCGUUUUGCCGAACAAUCUGUUGUAACGACGCGAUAUCAGCAUUCAAAGACGACAGACUCUGUUUGAUGAGAUACGUGAGCUCUUGAAUUUCAAUAGGCCGGUCAUCGAACAAUGUUUUCCGCUUAGCAACUAUAGGUCGACAUUAGUAAGACGAACUUGAAAUACAAACCAUGUUUCUAGAUGUCGUUUGAUACUUACGUCGAGACAAUCUCUGCAAUUUUUGACCCGUUGUAUUAAUUUCAGAUGCAAUUUUUUGUGCAAUACGAGUAAAAUCGCUCUUUUGAUGCUUUAUAGCAGCAGCAUUGUUGUCGUUCGGCGUUGCAAUACGUCCAACAGUACGCGAUCUGUACUUUGUAGCCGACACGCAAGCUUGGAAUUCCGCUGUACGGUCUUGAAAAGACAUUUAAAGACGUGAACGUCUGCAGAGAGUUUAUUCGAGACUGGGUUACGUGAAGUUCGGUCUACUAUACAGUACUCGUGCUCUCAAUCCAAGCUCUUUCUACGUGUGUUGGUGGUAGUUAUAGUAGCAGUAGGAGGAGCAGCAAUACAGGUAAUUCUGAGUUGUGA